UUCGUGUAGACGAAAUUGUGAACGAACUGUUUAUGUACCGAACGGACGGUAGUCGAAAAGAGGAUGUACGAAUCGACCAGAGCCCUGUUCAAGAGUAACACCCGCCUCACGUGGGUGUAUUGUCCAGUGUAGAGGCUGAGGUAUAAGUACUGACAAAUAUGGAGGACGAAGCGGAAACGUACAAGUUAUGGCGCAUUCGGAAGACCAUCAUGCAGCUCUGUCACGAUCGUGGCUACCUUGUGACACAAGACGAGUUGGACCAAACCCUUGAACAGUUUAAAGAACAAUUCGGAGACAAGCCCUCAGAGAGACACCCAGCCAGGUCGGACCUUAUUGUGUUGGUUGCUCACAAUGACGACCCAACGGAUCAGAUGUUCGUGUUCUUCCCAGAUGAGCCAAAGGUUGGUGUAAGAACAAUAAAAACAUAUUGUACGAGGAUGCAAGAGGAGAACAUUCAACGUGCAAUCAUUGUUGUCCAGUCUGGCAUGUCACCCUCUGCAAAACAGGCAUUGGUUGAUAUGGCUCCUAAGUAUAUAUUGGAUUAACACUUUCUGCACUACUCUUUAUUGUUGACACUUGUUAGUCUGACUGAGAUAGAAAUUGUUCCACCCGCGUUGGUCUUGUCGGCGGCAGUACGAACACAGCUGCUCAGCGUGUACAAGUUGAAAGACAAUCAAUUAAUGAGAAUUCAGGCUGGUGACCCAGUGGCUCGUUAUUUUGGAUUGAAACGUGGCCAGGUUGUCAAAAUUAUCCGGCCAUCUGAGACGGCAGGACGAUAUAUUUCUUACCGCCUGGUUGUGUAACUGUCAUGUGAGAUCAAGACUUAAAAUUAAAAAAUUAUGUUCCUUUAGAAAAAAAAGAUAACAAUGUUUGGAAGUAUUGGGUUGCCUGCGCACGUUAGUCACAUCAUUUAUUUUCCUGAAAAAACUUACUUUUGUUUGAAAUAAAGGUAUUAAUAUUU